GCAGAGGCAGAGGCAGAAGCAGACUACCCUGAUGAGCAGGGAGCUCAACCUGGGGCUUUAUCCCAGGAUCCUGGGAUCAUGAUCUGAGUUGAAGGCAGACACUUAACUGACUGAGCCACCCAAGUGCUCCCAGAAUACAUUCUUCCUUUUACAAUGCUGAAGGAACUAUAUCCACACUUCUAAUCUGAAAGAAAUGAUGCAUAAUUAUAAGUGAUUUUUUAACAUUGCUCUCCGAAGUCCAAUGUACAGAUAAUUGAAUGUUUCUUGAACUGAAAGGGGUCAGGGUAAUGUGGGCCAUGGAACCAGGCCAUCUCUUCUGGGCUCUUUUGUUGAUGCAACCUUUGUGGCCCCAAUGGACAGACGGGGCCACUCGAGUCUACUACUUGGGCAUCCAGGAUGUGCAGUGGAACUAUGCUCCCAAGGGAAGAAAUGUCAUCAUGGACAAGCCUCUGGACAACGACACAGUAGCUUCCAGCUUCCUAAAAUCUGACAAGAAUCGGAUAGGAAGCAACUACAAGAAGACCAUUUACAAGGAAUACAGAGAUGGCUCAUACAUGGAUGAAAUGGUCCAGCCUGCUUGGUUGGGCUUCUUGGGGCCAGUGUUGCAGGCUGAGGUGGGAGAUGUCAUCCUUAUCCACCUGAAGAAUUUUGCCACUCGUCCCUAUACCAUCCAUCCCCAUGGUGUUUUCUAUGAAAAGGACUCAGAAGGCUCCCUAUACCCAGAUGGCUCCUCUGGUCAACUAAAAGCUGAUGACUCUGUUCCCCCGGGAGGCAGCCACAUUUACAACUGGACCAUUCCAGAAGGCCAUGCACCCACUGAUGCUGACCCAGCAUGCCUCACCUGGAUCUACCAUUCUCAUGUAGAUGCUCCACGAGACAUUGCGACUGGCCUCAUUGGACCCCUUAUCACGUGUAAAAGAGGAACUCUGGAUGGAAAUUCCCCUCCUCAGCGGAAGGAUGUGGAUAAUGAUUUCUUCCUGCUCUUCAGUGUAGUAGAUGAGAACCUUAGCUGGCAUAUUGAUGAGAACAUUGCCACUUACUGCUCAGAUCCUACCUCAGUAGACAAAGAAGAUGAGGCCUUUCAGGAAAGCAAUAGGAUGCAUGCAAUCAAUGGCUUUGUGUUUGGGAACUUACCAGAUCUAAGCAUGUGUGCACAGAAGCGUGUGGCCUGGCACUUGUUUGGCAUGGGCAAUGAAGUAGAUGUCCACACAGCUUUCUUCCAUGGACAGAUCCUAACUAUCCGGGGCCACCGCACUGAUGUGGCUCACAUCUUUCCAGCCACUUUUGUGACAGCUGAGAUGGUGCCCCGGGAACCUGGCACCUGGUUGAUUAGCUGUCAAGUGAAUAGUCACUUUCGAGAUGGCAUGCAAGCACUCUACAAGGUCAAGUCUUGCUCUAUGACCCCUCCUAUGAACCAACUCACAGGCAAAGUUCGGCAGUACUUCAUUGAGGCCCAUGAGAUUCUAUGGGACUAUGGCCCGAUGGGGCAUGAUGGAAGUACUGGGAAGAAUUUGAGGGAACCAGGCAGUGGCUCAGAUAAAUUCUUCCAGAAGGGCUCCAGUCGGAUUGGGGGCACUUACUGGAAAGUCCGAUAUGAAGCCUUCCAAGAUGAGACAUUCCAGGAAAAGGUGCAGCUGGAAGAAAAUAAGCAUCUUGGAAUACUGGGGCCAGUGAUCCGGGCUGAGGUGGGUGACACCAUCCAGGUGAUCUUUUACAACCGCGCUUCCCAACCAUUCAGCAUACAGCCUCAUGGAGUCUUCUAUGAAAAAGACUACGAGGGAACUGUGUACAAUGAUGGCUCAUCCUACACUGGCUUGGUGGCUAGGCCCUUUGAGAAAGUAACAUACCGCUGGACAGUCCCCUCCCAUGCUGGCCCUGCUGCUCAGGAUCCAGCGUGUCUCACCUGGAUGUACUUCUCUGCUGCAGAUCCCAUAAGAGAUACAAAUUCGGGUCUGGUGGGCCCCCUGUUGGUGUGCAGGGCGGGUGCCUUGGAUGCAGAUGGCAAACAGAAAGGAGUGGAUAAGGAAUUUUUUCUCCUUUUUACUGUGUUGGAUGAGAACAAGAGCUGGUACAGCAAUGCCAAUCAAGCAGCUGCUAUGUUGGAUUCUCGACUGCUCUCAGAGGAUGUCAAGGGUUUCCAAGAUUCCAAUCAGAUGCAUGCCAUUAAUGGGUUUCUGUUCUCUAACCUGCCCAGCCUGGACAUGUGCAAGGGUGAUACAGUGGCCUGGCAUUUGCUUGGUUUGGGCACAGAGACUGACGUGCAUGGAGUCAUAUUCCAGGGCAACACAGUGAAGCUUCAGGGCAUGAGGAAGAGUGCAGCCAUGCUCUUUCCUCAUACCUUUGUCAUGGCCAUCAUGCAGCCUGACAAUGCUGGGAUGUUUGAGAUUUACUGCCAGGCAGGCAGCCAUAGAGAAUCAGGGAUGAAGGCAGUCUAUAAUGUCUCCCAGUGUCCUGGCAACCAAGCCAACCAUCACCAACGAUACCAGGCUGCAAGAAUCUACUACAUCAUGGCAGAAGAGGUAGAGUGGGACUAUUGCCCUGACAGGAGCUGGGAACUGGAAUGGCACAACCAGUCUGAGAAGGACAGUUAUGGUCACAUUUUCCUGAGCAACCAGAAUGGGCUCCUUGGUUCCAGAUACAAGAAAGCUGUAUUCAGAGAAUACACUGAUGGUACAUUCAAGAUCCCUCGGCCAAGAACUGGACCCGAGGAACACCUGGGAAUAUUAGGUCCACUUCUCAGAGGAGAGAUUGGUGAUAUCCUAACUGUGGUGUUCAAGAAUAAUGCCAGCCGCCCCUAUUCUGUGCAUGCCCAUGGAGUGCUAGAAUCUAGCACUGGUUGGCCACUAGCCGCUGCACCUGGUGAGGUUCUCACAUACCAAUGGAACAUCCCAGAAAGAUCUGGCCCAGGGCCCAAUGAUUCUGCUUGUGUUUCCUGGAUCUAUUAUUCUGCAGUGGAUCCCAUCAAGGACAUGUAUAGUGGCUUGGUUGGACCCUUGACCAUCUGCCGAAAGGGCACCCUGGAGCCCUAUGGAGGACGGAAUGACAUGGACCGAGAAUUUGCUUUGUUAUUCUUAAUCUUUGAUGAGAACCAGUCUUGGUAUCUGGAAGAGAAUGUAGCAACCCAUGGGCCCCAGGAGCCAGACCAUGUUAACCUACAGGAUGAUACUUUUCUGGAGAGCAAUAAAAUGCAUGCCAUUAAUGGAAAGCUCUACAGCAACCUCAGGGGGCUCACCAUGUACCAAGGAGAACGAGUGGCCUGGUAUAUGCUGGCCAUGGGCCAAGAUAUUGACCUACACACUGUCCACUUCCAUGCAGAGAGCUUCCUAUAUCGGAAUGGAGAGAGCUACCGGGCAGAUGUGGUGGAUCUGUUCCCAGGGACCUUUGAGGUUGUGGAGAUGGUAGCCAGCAACCCCGGGACAUGGCUGAUGCACUGCCAUGUUUCUGAUCAUGUCCAUGCUGGCAUGGAAACCCUCUUUACUGUCUUGUCCGAAAAAGAACAUGUAAGCACUAUCACCACCACCACCAAAGAGAUUGGAAAAGGUUAAUUGGAAAUCAGCAAAAGUCUGUAUGCCAGGAACUAAGACAAUCGGAUCAUUUCACCUAGGAAGAUCAAUGUGACAUCAGUGUUUUUAUCAUGACCCAAAGAAGUGAGACCAGCACAAUGAGAAGCAGUUGUUAUGGUCUAAUAGUCAAAUUGAGCAUUGAUAAGCUAGAUGAUUGAAUCAAACUGCCUCUCUGGAGACUACUCAUUACUCCUGAUUCUAUCCCCUGGAAACACGCAUGUCAAAUCCAAUUCCUUUUACUAUUAUUAUUUUUACAUUACAAGCUUUUAUAUAAUUGAAGAAAUACAUCAAGGUUCUUUCUACUCUGUUUUAGUUCUUUCCUUGCGGGCGGGGGGGAGGUUGUGUAUCCAGACCUCAGUGAUUCCUAAGGGCUUUCUCAGCUAUGACAUCCUGCCAGACUAAUUCUCUGUAACCUAUAAAUCCAUCUUUAUCAGCUGGUCUUUUUAGGGAUAGGAGCAGUUCCUCUGUUCAGUUUUGAUGGAG